UUUGCAGGCAGAUGGUUCCUGGUCGGCGUGGCAUCCAGCUGCAGCUAUCUGGCUGAGCACAGCCACCGUCUGGAGGCCACGGCAGUGACGGUGACGGUCCUGGAUGAGCAGAGCCUGGCCAUCAGCACCUUCAGGAAGAUGGACGGGAUGUGCUGGGAAAUCAGGCAGCGCUACCUCCCUGCCCAGACCCAUGGACGCUUCCUCCUGAAGGGCCGUGGCUAUGGCAGCAAGGUGGACGUGGUGGUGGGCGAGACGGACCACAGCAGCUAUGCCAUCCUCUAUUACCAGAAGGGACGGAGAAUCUCUGUUAAGCUCUAUGGACGGACCAGCCGCGUCAGCGACACCAUUGCAGACAAGUUUGAGCAGCGUGUCAGGGCCGUGGGUCUCAGUGAAGACGUGACCUACUACUUCCCCACAUACGGGUUUUGCGACUCUGCAGACGAGUUUCAUAUCCUCGAUG